AGAGAGAGCUGGAGCAAACAGGAGAGAAAUACAAAUGAUGGGAGCAAAGCAAUCUAAAAGAAGCAGUAUGAAGAAGGGGCUUCCGACCCUUGAGGGCAGUGGAGUGCCAUUGGCAGCCACCUUGUUAGUGGGCAGUGGUGAUACGGCAGCUGAGGAAGAGGAUGACGAAGAGUUGGGGGUCGAUCGACAGUUUGAGGAGCCGAUAUGUGCUCUGGUUCAGAACUGUACCAUGCUGCACAACAUCGUGGGUCCCGCCUGCAUCUUUCUCCGACAGAGCUUUGCUCAGUCUCAACUCGACCGAGAUCUACGGCCAGAGGAAAUUGAAGAGCUGAAAGAAGCCUUCAGAGAGUUUGACAAAGAUAAGGAUGGCUUCAUUAGCUGUAAGGAUCUAGGCGAGUGUAUGAGGACGAUGGGCUACAUGCCCACAGAGAUGGAGCUGAUUGAACUCAGUCAGCAGAUUUGUGGUGGUAGAGUGGACUUUGAAGACUUUGUAGACCUGAUGGGCCCAAAGAUGCUGGCUGAGACAGCAGACAUGAUCGGGGUGAAGGAACUAAGAGAUGCUUUUAGAGAGUUUGACUCUAAUGGUGAUGGUCAGAUCAGUCUGGCUGAACUGAGGGAAGCCUUGAAGAAGCUGAUGGGAGAGCAGCUCAACCACAGAGAAAUUGAUGAGAUACUCAGGGAUGUUGACCUCAAUGGAGAUGGGCAAGUAGACUUUGAAGAGUUUGUGCGAAUGAUGUCUCGCUGACUUUGAGAAUAUACGAAAAAGGAAAAUAACAAUUAGUUUGUCUCAAUGUGAAGAGUGAAGUACUAUGCGUCUCCUUUACAUAACUACCAUGCUGUUUCUUCAUCCAAACACCGUGUUCUAUACAUCCAUCAUUUAUUAUUUUUUGUUCUGAAACGUAAAUUAAUCUAAGCUAUACGAUGACCUAAAAAGAGAUUCAAUCAAACCAAAGCAAAUCUAUACGUUUUUUCUAUAAGUUAAAGAAUUUUCCAUGUUUUCAUAUGUGUUCAGAGUUUGAAUGGUGCAAACCAUAGCAAAAAGUACACAUUUUCUAUAAAAUUGUUUAUACAUGCUAUAACCUACCACUUGAUAAAUACAUCUCUGUCUGAGAUGUGCAUGGUCAUUGUGCAUUGACAAUGCAAUGGAUAUCAUUUAUCAGUAUUAUAUGUGUUUUGGACAGUAGACCAUUAACUUAUGGGACUAAAUCCUGUAUGAUGUUGUUAGGACUGUUUCCUUGUGGAGGCAGGGAUUUAAGUAUUUAUCCUCAUGCAAAACUGGACGUAACUCAACUCUGGAAGAGUCUGGAAAUAUUGAACACAAUUGCCUGCAAGAUUUCUUGUAAGGACCUGUGUCUUUGACACUUACAAUAUGUAAUCUCCCCAUAACACGUUUCCUGAUUUGUAUGUGUAAACCCAUUGUUUUUUUUUUUUUUUUUUUUUUUUCUAAAUAUCAAUGAGUUUAUUCCAACUACAGUGAACUCCAAAUAUACUUGUUUGAUAUUUUUAUUGUGUGUGACUGAUAGAUUUA